AUGCCGCUGGGGCCAGCACGCCCCGAGCCGUGGCCAAGCACCGUCGAGGAGGCUCUCGCACUGCCUGCAAGCUGGCAUGUCAACGAGCGCUUCCUGCGGGCGCUCGCGAGCGGUCCAGAUCCCGAGCACAACGCCCUUAUGGUCCAGUCGUACAUCGCCUUCCUGUGGAACAGCUUCAGCACGGCGCGGUGGGCAAAUACGUUCCUGUGGAAAUGCGUCGCAGCAGUCGCGCUCGUCGGCCUCGCCAGGCGCCUCAUCACGCCCGCCAGCAUCCGUCAGCUCCCGCGACCGCUUCGACGAGCGCACACCUCGUUCGUCAAGCACUACUCGCUCGCUCCUUUGGCCGGCUCGACGGCUCUCGCUGCCCGUCCGGUCCUGUCGAAAUCAAGCUGGAGCGCGUGGACGACGGUACAAGUUCCGCUGCGGCCGCAGGCCGUCCUCGUCGCGGCGUACGUCGUCGCCAACAUCGUCGUCGUCUUCUCCGGCUACGACAUCCCGAUCCCGAACGGCUUCUACUCGGAGAAGGACGGCCACCUCGCGCCAUUUAUCCGUCACGCGUCGGAUCGGACCGGGGUCCUCGCCCUUGGCUCGACGCCGCUCGUCUUCUUGCUCGCCGCCCGCAACUCGCCCAUCACGUGGACGGCAGGCGUCGACUUUGGCUCGCUGCAGCUGUUUCACCGGUGGAUCGCGAGGGUGACGUACGCCAACGCGGCGAUGCACGUCCUCGGCUACUCGUACAUUCACCUCGAGGCGCACGACUGGUCGGUCUGGGCCCUCGUCGAGCGCAAGUACCUCGUCCUCGGUUGGCUCGCCUUCAUCGGCGGCUGGGUCCUCUGCUUCGGCGCCGUGCGGCGCGUCCGACAGCGCGCUUACGAGUUCUUUUUGAUCAUGCAUAUCAUUGCCGCCAUCAUGUGGCUCGUCGGCGCCUUCUUCCACGUCUUCCUCCUCGGCGCACGGGGCGCGAGCCACCUUCAGCCGUGCUACCUCGCGCUCGCCCUGUGGGGCUUCGACCGCGGCGCACGGCGAGCUCUCGUCCUGUGGUACAACACGGGCCUCGGCCGGGCUGUGCGUCGCACUCGACGGCCGACUGCCUCGUCGCGAGAACCUGUCGCGGCAGAAGGCCUCCUCCUGGGCGGCUCGACCGACUUUGUGCGCCUCCGCAUUCAGCCCAAGUCGCCUUGGUCGUCGUCACGAGGCGGGCCCGGGUCGUUCGUCUACGUGUCGUGCUUCUCGGCCGGCCACCGCCUGUGGGAAAGCCACCCGUUCUCGAUCGCCUGGCCUCUCGGCGUCCCCGAGCACCUCGACGACGACCUCGACGACGACAGCGGCCCGUCGACGCCGAGCAGCUGUGCGAGCGGGUCGAUGCAGGGCAAGUCGACUCGGCUCGACACCCUGUCGCUCGCCGCCGGUCGGGCCCGGGUGGACGCGCCCGUCGCCUUGCCGCGCUCGGACCCGUUCGACGAGCAGGCGUCGCCCGAGGGCUUCGAGCUCCUCGUCAAGCGCUACUCGGGCUUCACGCAGUCGCUCGUCGACUCGCUGUCCCUCCCGCUGUCGGCCAUCCCGUCGUCGGCCGACGACGAACCACUUGUGCUCGCCGAGCCCGACGACGAUGUCGCCCUCCCCGAGCCCUCUCGCCGUCGAGCUCCGCUCCGCAUCGUCGUCGAGGGGCCCUACGGCGCCGCCAACUCGUCGCACCCGUGCGCAACGGCGCGGCAGGCCCUGUUCGUCGCCGGCGGGACCGGCGUCGCCAUGGUCACGAGCCAGCUCGCCGACCUCGGGCUCAAGGUCCUGCAACAGAGCGGCGAGACGGUCUGCGAGAGGGUGACCGUCGUGUGGUCAGUGCGCGAGUCGAACACGGUGGCGCUCCUCGUGCCGUACCUUUACCGCUUGUACCGCCUAUUCUACGCGUCUCCCUCUUUCCGACAACGCCGUCUCGACUCGACUCGCCGGGACCCGCACUUGCCAUCGUCUUUCGUCCACUUGCACAUCUACGUCACCUCCACCUCUUCCUGCCCCUCGCCCCCACUCGCCUCCCUCGACUCGCUCGACCUACCCUCCUCUUUCUUGCGGCUCAUCGUCCACGACGACGGUCGCCGCCCCGACAUCGGCGCCCACGUCGACGCACUGGCCCCGCAGGACGAGGACGACCCGGACGAGCUGCUCGUCGUCUCGUGCGGCCCGGCGGCGCUGUGCGACGCGACGAGGGAGGCGGUGCGCUCGCGUCUCGGUCGGUGGGAAGCGUGCCGGCUCAUGCAUAGCGAGGAGGCGGUCGUUUGGUGAUUCUCGCAGCGUAGACUCUCUCUUUCUCUUUCUUUCUUUCUCUCUCUCGUCCUCUGUUGUCGAGCAUGUCUGUAUUUGCGACGCUCGAGCCUC